AUGCUUGGAGGUCUGCUCUUCUCCUUCUGGAGAAUCCUGGAGAUCGUUACUCUGAUCCCCGUCAUUGGCAUGCUGGCAUGGUUUGUCGAUGGCUUCAAUAAUAACAACCAGCUCACGCCCUCCUUCAUUCUCGUCCUUUUCAUCGUGUCGAUCCUAGCCUGUGCAUGGGCGCUUGCAACGUUGAUUCGCCUCGGUUCUACCCGUCGCUCCGCUCUUUUCGUGGCCUUCGUCGACCUCUGCUUUGUCGGUGCUUUCAUCGCAGCCGACUAUUACCUUCGAGGCAUCAGGAACGCCAAUUGUGCCACCUUCAGCACUGGAUCUAUCUACGUUGACCUUGGUCCUUUUGGAUACUUCGGACGGAAUGCUGGUUCAAAAUGGGCGAUCAAUCUCGACAAGAAUUGUGCCAUGCUGAAGGCAUCCUGGGCUUUUGGCAUCAUGAACACGGUCUUCUUCUUCUUCACAUUCAUCCUGGCUCUGUUCCUACACCGCCAUGAGAAGACAGUUGUGGUAAAGGAGGUUCGACGGUCGCGACACAGCAGCCGGAGGGGUCAUUCCCGUUCAGGGUCGAGGAGAAGCAGCAGCCAUCGACGCUACUAUGUCUGA